UCUGACAACACUGCGCGCGAACCAAACACGGCGAGGAUAAAGCAAGAUGGCGUCUGACGAUGAAGACGUUAUUGCAGUCGUCACAGUUUAGUGUUCUUAAUCUGUGCCUCCAUGUACACAUAUAUGUCCUUUAUUAGACUCUAGUAAAUAGAGUAAACAUCGUUAAUACCUGUUUGCAUCCGGUUGUAUUAGUCUGAGCGCACUUUGAUGCUUCUCGAACUAGCUUAGCUUACCUUGCCAGUUAGCUUAGCAUGUUAGCUGCUAACAAAGAGAGGCGUGAUCAAAACACAUCGCUAAGCAGAGAUCAAGAGUGAGUGUAAAGUGUUGUGAUUGUGUGAAAAUGUGCGAAAGAACGAUAGCAAAGUACGAGGGGGAAUUUUGUCCAACAAAAGAGGAGAAGGAACGACAACAACAAAAACAUCAAGUUGUGUUACACAGAACAGACAUCCAUCAGCUGAUUGAACACCAAGAAGAAUGUCUCCCUCAUCUGCAGGGGGACAGUUUGACUUUAAAAGAUCCACAGCCCUCACAUUUUAAAGGGGAGAAAGAGGAUCCACAGACCCCCUAUUUUAAAGAGGAAGAGGAGGGAGAGUGUCCUGUAGGGCAGGAGGAGGCUGAUCUCAGCAAGUUUCCACUGACUGUUGUCUCUGUGAAGACUGAAGAGCAUGAAGACAAACCACCUGAGUCCUCACAGCUUCAUCACAGUCCAACGGUGACAGCGUGGAGAGGGUCUUCGACUUCCGCUUCUUUGGAGUCCACCUGGCCGACGACCUGUCCUGGAGCACCAACACCACGGCUACCAUCAAGAAGGCACACCAGAGACUGCACUUUCUGAAAAUACUCAGGAACAACCACCUCUCUCAGGAACUGCUGGUGUCCUUCUACCGGUGCUCCAUUGAGAGCAUCCUGACCUACUGCAUCUGCGUGUGGUUCAGCAGCUGCACGGCCGCAGAGAGAACGGCGCUCCAGAGGGUCAUAAAGACCGCCCAGAAGAUCAUUGGAUGCCCCCUCUCCUCCCUGGCUGACCUGUACAGCUCCCGCUGCCUCAGGAAAGCACAGAGCAUCCUGAAAGACCCAUUCCACCCCGGGCACUGCCACCUAGAACUGCUACUCUCGGGCAGACGCUAUGGGGUGCUAAAAGCUGGCACAAAUAGACUAAAAAACAGCUUUUACCCAAGAGCCAUAGUAGCAUUAAACAGGCACUGAGUGAGCACAAUCUGUCCAUCAUGUCCUCAUGUGUCAUGUCUUUUUAUUUUUAUUUUUUAUUUUUUUCGGGCUAUAAUGUGCAAUAAUGUUAUAUGUGUAGGUGUAUAUAUAUUCAUAUGUAUGGAUAUAUGCAUGUGUGUAUUACCAAAUUGUAUUUGCACUUUAGGGGAUCUGCUCCAAUUUCGUUGUCCUUUGAACCUGUUCACUGCAAUAAUGACAAUGCAACUCUAUUCCAUUCUAAAAAUCAGUGAUUAUUACAUUUUAACAGAAGUGUAGAUAGCACAUGUUAAAAGAGAACAUAAGCAGAUAUUACCAGUAAAUGAACAAGUAGAUAAAUAAUCAAUUGUCUACCACUUGUCCUUAAUAAUUUUGACAAAAUAAUAGAAUAUAAAUGACACAAUAUGUUACUGCAUAUGUCAGCAGACUAAAUUAGGAGCCUUUGUUUGCUUACUUACUACUAAAAGACAAGUUGUCCAGUAUGUUCACUACUUUAUUUAAUGACAAACUUGCAAUAAGAAACAUAUAUUUAAUGUACCCUAAGAUUGUUUUGUUUGAAUAAAGCCAAUAAUGCAGUUUUUUGUGGUUACUUUUAUUUAGAAAAGUAUUGAAAUACAUAUUGGUACAAGUCCCGGUACCAAAAUAUUGGUAUCGGGACAACGCUGGUUAGAACAGAAUUUGUCGGUUGAUUAUUUGACUACCUUAGUAGUCAUUUUUUCACUGGAGAGAUUAGUCUCUAUGAUGCAGCCAAAAUAGGUUAUCACAUUUUUGUUUGUUAUAAUAUUGUCAACCACUUUGACUAUGAAGUUAUCUACUCUUCUGAGGUUAGGACUUGACCCACAGACCUGUGUACUUGCAAGUAACAGGGGCGAGUAUUAAUAUGCCAGUUUGUCAUUGAAAGCCUUGCUAGUCUAGGUCUUGAGGAUUGUAGAUUUGCUUGUUUUGUGGCCAACAGCCUCGGUUCU